UGAUGGACAUGAGUUUGAGCAAGCUCGGGGAGUUGGUGGUGGACAAGGAGGCCUUGCAUCCUGCAUUCCGUGAGGUCGCAAAGAGUCGAAUAUUGACCGAGCAACUGAAAUGACUAGAAGUUGACAUCAUGGACAUAUGUGAGUCAAUCCUGGAGAGGAAGCGACAUGACAGCGAGAGGUCCACAUGCAGCAUGUUGGAGCAGAAUGAUAUGGAAGCUGUGGAGGCUCUUGUUUGCAUGAGCUCCUGGGGUCAGAGAUCCCAGAAAGCCGACCUGUUGAAGAUCAGACCCCUCACACCUGUCUCUGACUCUGGGGAUGUCACCACAUCAGUGCAUGUGGACAUGGCCCCACCCGAGCUACCAAAGGACUUCCAUUCUCUAUCAACUCUGUGCAUGACUCCUCCUCAGAGCCCUGACCUCCUGGAACCAUUGACAGGGACAGUUGUUCCUUCGCAAGUAACUGCUUCCAAAGCCCCCGUGGUCAUGGCGGUCCCCCCAGCCUCUGCUGGGGCUGCCAGAGUGCUGAGCAGGACGGUGGAGGGGGGCCUGCCUUGUCCGAAACCGGAGUUGCUGGAGUCAGCUGCCAGCCCGCCCUGCAAGGCCACGGUGACGGGUAUCACUGGCCAUGCUGGCGGGAGUCCUGCUCCUGCCCACCAUUCCUGUCCCACCGCCCAGACUCAAGAACACCAGCUUCCAGCUUGCACAGAAGGAGAAGCACAGUUCCUGGGGCACGUUGAAACUUUGCAGGACAUGCACCUCACAGACAGUUUACUUAGCAUGAACUCAGUGUCCUGUCAACCUUGCUUGCACAAGUCCAGUGGCCUGAUCUCCGCCGAUAAAGGCCAGCAGGCAGGGUGGCCCAUUGCAGUUCAGACCUGCUCACCAAAGAGUUAUGAAAACGACUUGGCAAGGAAAGCCACCCCUCUGAUUUCCGUCCCCAUUCCUAGUACCCCUGUCCUCUGCCAAAUGAUCCCUGUGACUGGACCCAGUGGCCUGUUACCAGCUGUUCUAAAGCCACCUCCCCAGGUGUCUGCGGGGCUUGUCAAGCCCGUCUUGCCCCACGCGGCUCCCGCGCCCCCACCUGUGUUCGUGGGACCGUCUGUGCCUCAGGGAACUGUGAUGCUGCUUCUGCCCCAGGGCGCCCUCCCCCAGCCUGCCACGUGCUCAGCCGGCAGCAUGCCUGUUGGGAACUCCAGGUACCUACCCCUUGCGCCUGCUCCAGUAUUCAUUGCAUCCAGUCAGAGCUGUGCCCCUCAGGUAGACUUUUCCCGAAGGAGGAACUAUGUUUGCCACUUUCCAGGCUGCCGGAAAACCUACUUCAAAAGUUCCCACCUCAAGGCUCAUCUCCGCACUCACACAGGAGAGAAGCCUUUCAGCUGCAGCUGGGACGGCUGCGACAAGAAAUUUGCUCGUUCAGAUGAACUCUCUCGCCACCGCAGAACUCACACUGGGGAGAAGAAGUUCGUGUGCCCAGUGUGCGACCGGCGUUUCAUGCGCAGCGACCACCUGACGAAACACGCCCGGCGCCAUGUGGCCACCAAGAGGGUCCCCGGCUGGCAGGCAGCGUUCGGCAGGCUGAACAGAGCGGCCUCCACAGAGGACCCUGGGGGCCCGCCGGAGCGUGCGCCGGCCUCUGCCUGAAAGGGCUGCGGGGGGGGGGGGGUAAUGGAUGGGAAUUUUCCAAAGCCUUUUUUUUUUUUUUUUCAGGAAUCAUGGAAGUGAUGGUUUUCUCUCCAAAAACAACAGCAAAAAGUUGUCCUGAGGGCCAGGGGAGCUGGUUCUGAUGAACGUUAUGUUAACUUGUCUUUUUUUAGGUUGGGACCCUGUUAAGUAUCUUUUGUACUUUCAGAAGUUCUUUUAAGGAAAUGGAAGAAAAUUUGGUAAUCUAAAUCACCAGCAUUCAGACACACAGUUUGGCAAUAAAUUUUGCAAAAUUUGGAUUUUUACAACCUUCCUAUUCCUGUUUUGUAGGAUUGAGACAGGGUACUAAUUUUUAUACUGUUUUUUAUAAAAAAGAUACUUAUAUUGUUGGUUCUCAGAUCACCGAUUUCUAUAUAGAUGAUUUUACAGUCUUCUUUUAAGUGUUUAACAUUUUUAUAGUAACCCUGCUUUUGGUAAAGUUGACACAUUAUUCAGGCAAAAAAAAAAUUUAUAGCUCUGCAAUCAGGCUUUUUAGAUCUACGAGGUUUUAAAAUCAGAACUAGUUGAAUAGGGGCCUCUUAAAGAAAUGGGUGCGGGGGAAAACCUUUGCAGGCAGCUUCUUCCUAAUACUCUCAAGGGAAAUUCCAGACAAGAGUUUCUUUUAAGGCUUUAUGUAGCCCAAGGAAUUAGAAUUUUCUUUAAGUAGAACUUAGUCACCUGUGUCCGUGGUGUGACUUGUGAAGAUUGUGCCCCAGAGAUGAGCUUAAAAUAAUCAGUAGAUAUCCAGUGAGCAGGGAGCUGCUGUAGCAUCUAAGUGUCUGUGGUCAAUUCACAGUCCCUUGUCUGUACCUCAGACACCAAGAAAAGAUGACUUAAGCACUCAGACCCAGCUGCUCUGUCCCUUUGACUUCCUUUGCUGUGGCCUUACCCAAGUGUUUUGUGGGUAGAAUCACUUCUUAGAGAAAAAGAUGUCCUUAGUUGUUGGAGGAACUUUCCAUCGAAGGAAAGCUUAUGUGAGGUGAAGUAGCUGUGUGCGGUCCAGCUGCCGUGUUCCAAUUCCUUUGUUUAUUAAGUAUUGGUGAUAAGGAAUGUUAGUAACACUGAACAGCAAUAAUCCUACCAAGCUGUCCUUUCAUUCACAUUGUUGGAAGGGAGUUGUUUUGAUCAAACAGAACAGUACUUGGAAUGGGGUAUUUUGCCUGGAGAAGAGGCCACGGGCCUCACUGAAGCCGUGAGCACAGGUCCCAGCAUUGUAGAGACUGCACCCUGGUGUCCAGGAAGCUGCUGAGACUGCCUCCACUGGGCAGCCUUGGGAACUCAGGCAAGAGGAGGUGUGUAAGGACCAUGGCAAUGUCGCUCUGCCCUUUGAGCCUGGGAAUGGUUUGUCAUGCUGUAUGUAAUCAGAUUCUGUCUUUGCUGCUUAUUUAUUUGCAUUUGCCUUUAUUAAAAUGAUGGUAAGGUGAAAUAUUGAGUAAGUACAAUUAGGCUUUGUGUUCAGGUCUUUUUUAGUCUUGAUAGCACUCACCCAGUCAUUCAUUGUAUGUCAGUUGAUACCCAUUAAGUUACCCUUUAGUAUCAACCGCUGAUUGACAUACAGGUCUGUAAGUGCUGGCUGUGUUUCAGAGGCUUCGUGUCUUUGAUCACUUCUAUAGCUAAAUAUUCCUACUGGUCGUGAGACAUACUGUAGUUACAAGAGAACCAGAAUUCAAUGUACAUAGCUCGUGUUUCCCCACCACCCCAUCCUUUCUCCCACUCAUGCCCUAGAUCAGCAUAAACAUUGCUAUGUGUAUGCUGUAAAUGGCAUUAAAUUCGGAUAUUUUUCAUAACUAACACAAAAUAAUAUUGGUCUGACUAAGGUUCUGGUGCAUAAUAAGUCUCUGAGUGUUUGGUUGCUUGUCAUACUGAAUGAAGUUCAUUCUCUGAACAGUGUUGUUUUUGAAGAAUAGAUGUGCAAAAAAGGAAAAAAGCUUUUGAUUUACACUUCCAUUUCCUGAUGAGACUUUGAAAUACCUUCUGUAAACAUUUUGGGCCCUCUGUUGUUGAUGGAAAGAUUGCAAGUUGGGAAACAGCUUCACCUGACAAACGCAACGUGAGAACCGGAGCCUCGCAGGGCGUGUUCAGCAUGAGGUCCCUCCGUGCGCCGGGGCGUCGGAGGAGCGCGCGGGAGGCACGGCCCCUAGUGCACUUUACUGCCCAAGCAGUUUUGCUUGUUCUUCUUUGACUUUGAGCCUUUUAAAGUAGUUUCAAUGAUAAAAUUUUAAAUGUUUCAGAAUUAUGUUUUAUGUAACAGACUUUGACGUAUUAUUUAAAUGAAUAUGUGUGAUAUAACUCUUUUCUUUGAAUCAUAUAAAACUCUUUGGAUUUGCAAACUGGA